GGUAUUAUUGGAUCACGCGGGCAUUCAAAUUACUGCGAUUUCGGCGUCCUAUGGUCCGGAAGUAAAUGGGUGUUAGGCACUCGAUCGACACAUCAAAUAGCCAAUGAAAUUCCGAGAACAACGGGCUGAAGGGUGGAGUUUACAAGCAAACAGAGCUUCUGCACGUGUGGUUCCACUUGGACUCUGUUUGGAUAAUUCAGAAUAAACACAGUAACGCACUAGAUCAUUAAGACAAAAUGGCAAAACGCACCUCUAAAGCAAACCCCAUCGAAGAGGAAGUCGCUGAGAAAUGUUCCAGAAGAGAGAGUGAUUAUUCUGAGGAUUUUUUGUCAGAGGAGGACAGUGAUGCCUCACAUGUUUACUCUGGAGGGGACAUGACUUCUGAAGGGGGACAAACCGAUCUGGACAAUUCUUCUGAUGAUUCAGAUGAGGACUGUGUCUCUGAACAAAGAGAGUCCUCAGAGGGAGGACUCCAUCCCGAUCCCAUCACCUCAUGUGUGAGAGACACAAACAAAAGAGCAACAGGACAUGGACAAGGUAGAAGAGGGGGAUGGGCAAGAGCCAGCAUGAGCAGCAUUUAUGGAAUGACAGAAAAGUACUGGAACGAUACACAGGUUGAGGACAUUACCCCCCCACAGCCCACCUUCAGACCCCUGCGCCCACCCGGACCCCAGCUUAGUUCCACAUCCUACAGACCACUGCAGCUUUUUCAGCUUUAUUUCACAAAUUCUGUUCUACUGACAAUAAUUCAGAACACUAACCAGUUUGCUGCCAAACACAUGUCAACAACAGAUGUCCCAUGGACUUAUUUGUCUGUACCAGAGAUGCUCAGUUUCAUGGCUUUGGUCAUAUUUAUGGGAUUUGUGAAGUGCUCCUCAAUUGCAGAUUACUGGAAAAGGGCAAAACUGUACGGACUUCCCUUUGCCAAGUCAGUGAUGACCUGUAGAAGGUUCCACCUGAUAUGCCGAGCCCUGUGCCUUAGCAGUAUGGCAGAAGAUGCUGUUAAUGAUCAGAAGAAGGGGACACCAGCGUAUGAUCACUUGUGCAAAAUCAAACCUUUGUAUACUGAGCUGAGGGACGCAUGCAAAAAGAACUAUCAUCCCAUGCAAAACAUUUCUGUCGAUGAGGGUAUGGUUGAAUCAAAAUCUCGCAUCGGCCUGAAUCAGUACAUGAAGAACAAACGCUGGGGCUACAAGCUGUUUGUCCUCGCGGACUCUUCUAGUGGCUAUAUGUGGGAUUUUUUUGUGUAUGAGGGAAAGUCACACAAAAACAGUGGGAAAGGGAUUGGUUAUGACUCUGUUGUGCAUCUGGUCAACACCAAUCUGCUGGGUGCUGGUUAUAAACUGUUUGUGGACCGUUUUUACACAAGUCCCUUGCUUUUCCGUGACCUGCUUCAACAAGAGGUCUGGGCAUGUGGAACCAUCAAAGCCUACAGGAAUGACAAUCUGGACUCCCAAUUGCCACGAGGAGCCAUCAGGUGGCUGAGGAAAGACUCCAUCCUGUUUGUCCAGUGGAAAGACACCAGAGAUGUUUUUCUUUGUUCCACUCUGCACACAGCCCACGGAGAGGACACAGUCCAGCGGAGGGUCAAAGGUGCAGAUGGACAGUGGACCUGGAAGGACAUCCCUGUUCCACCAGCAAUGAAGGAGUACAACCGGUACAUGGGGGGAGUCGAUCUAUCAGAUGCACUGCUAGGUUACUUCAAGGUCCAGCACAGAACACAGACUUGGUACAAGACUUUCUUCUAUCUCUUCAUGGAUGUUGCCAUCAUUAAUGCCUUCAUCCUGCAUAAAGAACUUGCCAGGAGCAGAGGGGAUGUUCCCUUGAACCAGAAGGCAUUCAGGGAGACUUUAGUGGUCGAGUUGGCAAAGGUGGGCUCUGCCAACACCACAGCUGAGCCGGCACCAUCUCUUUCCUGUCAUCACAGACCUGUGCACAUAUCGGGACACAGCACAUUGGGGCGCUUGAGAUGCAGACUUUGCCAGGCCAAGACUCCUAUAAAGUGUGCUACUUGUGACGUGCCCCUAUGCUUUAUUCCAAGUCGAGACUGCUACAGUGAUUGGCAUGAUGAGAGCAGCAAAUGAGUCAUUUUAAAGAUUGCAGUUAGUGGUGUUUGUAUUGUACAUUGUUUAUAGUGUAAUAGUGUGUUUAUAAAUAGCUUCACUUUCUACCAUGUUCACUUUAUUAUAUGCAUAAAAAACUUUGCUCAUGAAAAAUCUGUCUGUGCAUCUUUUACUCUUUGCAAGUAAUAUUGAGAGUGGAUCUGCAUGUUGGAUAGGACCACAUGUCUGUCAAGAAUAUAAUUAAUCCAGUACUCUUAAAUUUUACUGGAUCAUCUGUAGACAAUGAGAGACAAAGAAAUGUUUUUUGUUUUUAUGUUAUGGAGGCAGUCGGCGGUGCUGUCCUGGAGGAUGUACCACCAACCCAUGACUACUGUUAGCAAGUAAGUAAUUUAUGUAUGACUCUCUUACAAAAACAGGGACUUUAUUUGCUGAAGAGUCACAAUUGUUAUACUAGUGAAUCCAUAAACCAUCUCCUCGUUGCCUUUUUCUGAUUAUGUCUUAGAGAUGCGACAGCCGUGAGCUGAGCCAGCACAGGAAACCCUGUUAAGGGUUGUUUUACUUAUAUUUACUUGAACCAUCUAUUGUAUUGCAGAGG